AUGACACGAUUACGGUUUCCGCGACGUAAACGGACGAUAGCAGUGAAGCCAAGCCGAGUGGUGGGGACAAAGUAUGGUUUAGUGGAGGGAGUGCGCCUGGUGGAUGAUGGCGACUGCCAGAUUGACGCUUAUCUCGGAAUUCCCUUCGCCAAACCUCCAAUUGGCGCGCUGCGUUUCAAGAAACCGGAACCACCAGAUGCUUGGGAAGGCAUCAGAAAAACUGUGAAGUUUGGCCCACGCGCACCGCAAAAGGAAUUCAUCUGGAGUCGAUGGUUGGCGGCAGUCAAAACCGACGAAGACUGUUUGUACCUCAAUGUUUUUUCGCCAGUACCAACUGCAGCAGCAGCGGAAAAACAGAAUGGUCUUGCUGUAAUGGUGUUUGUGCAUGGCGGUGGUUUUCUGAUCGAUUCUGCCUCAAAAUACGGCGAUAUUGGAAUUUGCAAUAAUUUAUGUCGUCACGAUGUUGUGGUCGUAACGGUGCAGUACCGUCUUGGCUUGCUUGGCUUCUUUUGUACUGGUGACGAGGCGUGUCCGGGUAACAAUGGCUUAUGGGAUCAGGCGAUGGCUCUGAAAUGGGUUCAGGAUAACAUAAGUGCUUUUAAUGGUGAUCCUGGGCGUAUCACAGUGUUUGGCCAAAGUGCUGGUGGCGCAUGUGUUGAUCUCUUGUCGCUUUCCCCAGUAACACGAGGUUAUUGA